AUGGCGGCGGCGGCGGACGCGAAAGCCAUCGUCUUGGCCUCGACGUGCGUCCUCGUCGCGACGUGCGCGACGCACUUCGGCGCGGGCCGAGCGCUGUGGAGCGAUCGAGGAUGGCGGGCGUGGCAGCCGAUGCGCGGACGGCGCGCGUUCGUGGCGCUGCAGCCGGUGGGGUG